AUGGCUCGCGUGCCAAAGGAAAAAGGGGAAAUAUUAAAAAAUGAAGAAGUACUACAAAUGAAGUAUGAGGAAAAUAACAAAAUAACAAAAAAAUUUAUGGAUGAAAUCAAUGAAAUGAAAAGUAAGAUAGAUGAUUAUGAUAACCAUAGUACACCAGAUGUUAAACACAAACCAAAACCAAUUAGAUCUUCAGAAUUUAAUACAUUUAUGAAAAUUAUUGAUACUGGUGAUACUAUUGAAGAAUUUAAGACUGUUUCAAGUAAAGAAAUAACUAUCAAAAAUUAUGUAUUACAAAAAGAAAUUGAUCGUUUAAACAAUGAACUAGUGAAAAAAGAUGAUCUAAAUGACCAUUUACAAGAAGAAAAUAAAAAAUUAACUGAAGAAAAGGACAAAUAUGUUCAUCAAGUAUCAUUACUCAAAGAGAAAAUAAGAAAACACGAUAGAGAAGUUGAACAUUUAACUGGAACAUUGAAAACUAGAGAUUCCGAGGUGAACAGAAUACUGAAAGAUAUAGGAUGUAUAGAGAGAAAAUUUAAACACGAACAAAUCAUACAUGAAAAACAAAGAUCAAUUUUCAUAAAAUCUUCAGACGAGAACAAACAGCUAAAAGAAACGGUAAAAAAGUUGGAAGCCGCACAUAAAGAAGCUGAAGAAAAGUAUACAAAAGCAUUAUCUAAGAACGACGAUAUCUUGGCAAAAUGUGUUAGGGAAAAAGAUGUACUAAUUACUGGAUUCAGAAAACAAUUGGAAUUAAUUGAUUCGUUGAAGAGACAAAAUGUAAGAACUAAGUUACAAGAAGAAAUAAAUGUUUUAGAAAAUGAAUUCAGUAAACUUUUAGAGGGUAAAUAA